GGCAAGAUUUGACCAGUGAGUAGUAUAAUCUAUAGAAAUUAAUUGGACAUAUUCAAUGUUCUUGAGGUUUACCUAAUUUAUCUUUAUCGCGUGUUGAAUUUUCAGCCCCAGUUAGUAGCAAACUUUACCGCAAAGAUGUUCCGCUUUUUCAAUAUUCUGCCAGCCCCUCUGCAGAUGUGCGUGAGAUCAAUUUGCAUUCACCCCGUACCCGACGUUACUGAGGAUGAGAAAAGGGCGAAAAUUCAAAGCUCUAAUAUAGAACGAGAUUUGUUUGAACAAGCCAAGCUUGAGGUGAACGUGAUCAAAAUAUUGCUACUUGGUGCUACAGAGAGUGGUAAGAGUACCAUGGUCAAGCAGAUGAAGAUCAUCCACAGUCAUGGCUUCUCCAAGCCAGAGCUUAUUAGCUUCAAGGCUGCAGUGCUGGAUAACCUCCUGACCUCCAUGAAGUUUGUGCUGCGCGGCAUGGGACUGCUGAGGAUUAAUCUGGCCAACAAGAAGAACAAGGCCCAUGCCCGCUCUGUGCUGUCCUGUGGCCAGUGUUUCGGGGAGGACGGGGAGCUGCUGCCGUUUGUGGCCCUGUCUUUCUGUGCUCUCUGGGCCGACCAGGGUGUGAGAGCUGCAGCUGCCAGGGGCUACGAGUUCCAACUCAACGACUCAGCGCUCUAUUUCUUUGACAACAUAAGUCGGAUCAUCUCUCCCAGAUACAUUCCCACUGAGGCGGACGUCCUGCGGGUGAGAGUGCGAACCUCCGGAAUCAUCGAGACUCAGUUUCCAGUCAAUCACAUGGUUUUCAGGUAA